UUCAGUAUUGUCGAGUAUUCAAAGUAUGAUACCUCACAUCAAACUAACCUAAAUUUCUUAUCUAGAAUCUUGUAUACAAAGUAUACAAAGUGUCGUGACGAAAUGAUAGUUAUCUCGAGAUUCGUUACUAAAAAUGGUUUCACCGUUUCUCAGGGAAGAUAUGUCGCAAGAACAUUAUCCACCGAAAAGAAAUAUGUGGAGACAACUGAAAAAAAUGGGGUCAGAACUAUUUGUAUGUGCGACUCUUCUUCCUGCAACUCCCUAUCGCUAGGGAUGCUAAAAUCUUUGAUGACAGAGAUCAAGAGAGAUGAGGACAACAAGAAUCUCCGGUCGAUCGUACUGAUGUCUGAAUCAAGAAAGGUGUUUUCUGCCGGGCACAAUCUGAAGGAACUGACGGCUACGAACAUCAAAUCUCACAAGGACGUGUUUGAGACCUGCUCGGAGUUGAUGCGGGCCAUCAGUCAGAGUCCGGUGCCAAUAAUUGCAGCGGUGGACGGUUUGGCAGCCGCAGCCGGCUGUCAAUUGGUUGUGGCGUGUGAUAUCGCGGUGUGCACGGAAAGAAGUUUGUUCUCCACUCCAGGAGCGAAUGUCGGGUUAUUUUGCUCGACACCAGCCAUACCAUUGAUACGCAAUGUGCCAAGGAAGAACGCAAUGUAUAUGCUGUUUACUGGAUUGCCUAUAUCCGGCAAAGAAGCUUACGAAUACGGUCUCGUUAGCAAAGUUGUGGCUAAUGAUAAGCUCGAUGAGGAAAUUGGUCAAAUUACAAAUGCAAUUAAUAUAAAAAGCCGCUCAAUUAUGCAUUUUGGUAAAACAUUCCUGUACGAACAAAUUAAUCUUGAUAUAUUGACAGCAUAUGCUCUCGGCACCGAAAAAAUGGUAAAUAAUCUGAAAAUGAAAGAUGCUCAGGAAGGUAUACAAAGUUUUCUGGAAAAGAGGAAGCCGAAUUGGUCUCAUGAUUUAAAAUAAUUGAGAUUAUAUCUAAUAUUUCUUUUAUUAUAUGUAACAUUGAUUAUAUAUAACAUUUUGUUAGAUGUGAAACCUUCUUACAAUUGAUAUUAAUGUGAUAUUUUAUACUUGUAUAUAAUUUCAAUAAUAAACUAAUUAAAAAGA